AUGGCAUCCCGCAUGGGAUCCCGGAGCGUCAAGGACGCCACCAGGUUCACCUCUACUAUACCCCACGCCACAUCGAAAUCUGCCACUUCUGCCGCCGCCGCGCCCAGGACCAUGAGAAUCCCCGGCGAGACGCCCGAGCAGCGAGUAAAGCGAUUGAGGCAGGCCCAUCUGGCAGCGCAAAAGGCCCAGAUCAGCAGGACGGACAGAGUGAUUGACGCAUCAAGGCGGUUUUUCGAUGUGGCGCACAGGUGGACGGUGGGGGGGCUCGUCAUGUUCUCAGUCGUCGCCGGUGUCGUCAGCGUGUACUCAGUAUGGGACAUGCUGCGCUACAACCGCGCCCGCCGCGCCGAAUGGAUAGAGGCCCAGAAGAAGUUCGAGGCCGACGAGCUCGCCACCGCCCGUAUCGCCUACCUCAAGGGCGACGCCACAGAAGAGCAGAUCCUUCUCGUCGAGGAGGCCAACCGAGAAGCCGAGGAGAAAGGCAUCAAGCUGCCGUCCCUCCUGUCCCCGCCCGAGCACCGAACGCAUUUCGAGGAGCACGUCAAGUCUGCCUUUGAGGGCGGCCAGCAGGUGACGGAGAGCAAGGGCAAGGGUAUCCUGGGCUACAUCUGGGGAGGCAGUGACAGCAAGAAGAACGAGGCGAGCACCACCGCUUCUAGUGCUGUUCAGUCAGCGUGGGAGCAAGAGAAAGAGAAUCAGCUAAAUGUCCCUGCCCUGGAAACCGGAAGCUCCUCUACGGAAUCUAAGAAGAAGGGCUGGUGGUGA